AUGCAAGUGCGCAACAAUUUGGAGGAUUUGAGACGCAGACUGGGGCGUCCAGAGGCGUCAUCCACGCCACUGUCUUCGUCGAAAGUGCCUAUCAAAAUCGACGACGACGAGCCCGUGGCGAGCAGCGGGAGCGGGAGCGUGAGCAGCAAAAUAAACAAGGCGAACAAGUUCAAGCCAGCAGCAGUUACAUCUCCCGCAAGUUCCGGCGAUCACCAUCCAGUUGCGUCGACAUCGAGGGCAGUGCCCGACUCGCAACAGAAGCGUGCACCGUCUUCGACGCCAGCGCAAGAGCCAUCUAAUAAGCGUUCACGCCAACAAACCCAACAAAUCCAGCACUCCCAGCCGUAUCUGCCCAAAGCCUCGAAUGGAACUAUCACCUACGCUGACGACUCGGAUGAUCUUAUAAAUGAUACCUUUACAGGAGAUGUCCUGAAUGGCUUGGACAGUCAGGAGCCGCUGCCCAAACCCGUGGAGAAGCUGGAGAAACAAGAGGCGCCUAUGAGGAAGGUCCGGCAGUAUAAUACAGACCUCGAUUCGCUCGAGAUGCCCGUAAUACAAAACAUGCUUUGCACAACGCUAAAGAAGAAGGACGCGGUUAUGCAGGAGCUGCUGUCGUUCUAUGAAGAUGAUAUUGUUGAUGGCACUGUCGAUCGCGAUUAUCUGCGCAGUGAGCAGCAGCGACUGCAAGACCGAAUUGAAAGUCUAGAGAAUGCACUCGGCCGAGUGAAGAAAGUAAACGGUGUAAGCAGUACGGCAGCGAGUAUGCAUGGAAGCUCACAAAGCAAUGCACCUUCAAAGCAAGUACGGCAAGAAUGGCAAGUACGGCAAGAAAGACAAGAAGAACAAGAGCCGGUGGACGUAGACUCAUCACCCGUCGCAACCAAGCGUCCAGCAAUGUCUCUGCGGAGAGAGCCCCUUGGAAGUGUAACAAACGAAGAUCCACCAGCUUUGAGUAGGUCAAAAUCUUCUAUCAUGCCCUUUGCAGACAAUAUGAUGGACCUCGAUGGCGUCGACCUGCAAAGCCCAAUACUGUCAGACGAAGAUGUGGCAACUUCCAAACAUAUGCAAGUUUUGCGGAAUGCACCGCAGAUACAAGAAUGUAGCGAUAUACCCGACGAAGACGAUGUCAGUAUCAUGGAGCCAUCUCCAAAGCCAACUAACCCACCGCCACCUGCUCCGAAGGCGGAAGAUUAUCCUAGAUAUACAUGGUCCAGAGACGUAGAGAAGGUUAUGCAUGAUAUGUUCAAACUGAAUGCAUUCCGUAAAAACCAACGAGAGGCUAUAGAUGCGACGCUUGAUGGUAGAGACGUGUUCGUUCUGAUGCCAACGGGUGGUGGUAAGUCUGUCUGCUACCAAAUACCUGCAUGUGUCGAUUUAGGAAAAACGCGUGGUGUCUCGAUAAUUGUAUCACCGUUAUUGUCUCUUAUUCAGGACCAGGUGCAGCACUUGGUCUCAAGAGACAUUCCGUCAUACGCCUACUCUGGUGCGACAGCGCUUCCCGACAAGAGAGCCAUCCAGGAUGACUUGCGGCGACCUAAACCAGUAACGAGACUGCUGUACGUCACACCUGAAAUGCUUGGACAGAGUGGCGCUUUCAAGGAUAUUCUUCAGCAGCUGCACGCCAAGAGCCAACUUGCUAGGUUUGUCGUAGACGAAGCUCACUGUGUCAGUCAAUGGGGUCAUGAUUUCAGGCCGGACUACACGAAUCUCGGACAACUGAGAGACGAGUUCCCAGGAGUGCCGUUUAUGGCUCUCACAGCGACUGCCAACGAGCGCGUUAAGACAGACAUCAAGAGCAGUCUCAAGAUGAGGGGCUGCGUCGAGCUGAAAUCAUCCUUCAACCGCAAGAAUCUCUUUUACGAAAUAAAACCGAAGCACGGAAAGCAAGUCUACGCUGAUAUACAAAAACUCAUCAACAGUAAGUUCAAAGGACAGACGGGAAUCAUAUAUUGCUCGUCCAAACGCUCAUGUGAAGAUGUAGCAAGCAAGCUAAAGCAAGAGUACGGUUUACCUGCUCAACACUACCAUGCAGGACUGAGUCGUGAAGAUCGCACUAAAAUACAAUUGAACUGGCAAAAAAAUAGGUUUUUGAUCAUUUGUGCGACUGUUGCCUUUGGUAUGGGUAUUGACAAGCCAGAUGUCAGAUUCGUGAUUCACUUUUCACUGCCUCAGUCAUUGGAGGGUUACUAUCAAGAGACUGGAAGAGCUGGAAGAGAUGGCGAACACAGUCAUUGUGUGCUUUACUUUGCGUACAAAGAUACGACGACAAUCAACUUUCUGAUCGACAACGGCGACGGUACACACGAGCAGAAGGCAACACAGAGAUCAAACCUCAGACAAGUCGUACAAUUCUGCCUGAACAAGACAGACUGCAGAAGAACACAAGUGCUUAACUACUUUGGUGAACAGUUUGAUCCGAGGAAGUGCCACAAGACGUGUGAUAACUGCUUUGAAGGCGUUGGUACAGAGAAGCAAGAUGUUACAGAAGAGUCCAAGAAUGCGGUGUCUUUAGUGAAGGAGGUGUUUAAAGAUGGCGUGACGAUGCUGCACUGCGUUGAUGCGUUCAAAGGAUCAGGCGCUGCCAGAAUCAGAGACAAGGGGCACGACAAGAUACCUUCAUUCGCCAAAGGCUCACACAUGGAGAAGGGAGAUGUGGAGCGGCUUUUUCAGCUUCUGUGGACUGAGCAGGUGCUUGGUGAACGCUACGAGCAGAACAAGCAAGGCUUCACCAAUGCAUACAUCAAGCUCGGCUCGCAGUACCAGCAAGUGUUGAAUGGGAAAAAGAAAAUCUUCAUGACAGUUGGGAAAAUGAGCCAGCGCAAGACGAAUGGUGGUAGUGGUGUCGGAGCAAGAACGUCGAGGAAAUCUCGCCAAGAGGAAACUGAUGAGGAGGAGAUUGAUUCAGACGAUGACCACGACGAGAGCUUCGUGCAAAGCACUGCGAAAAAUGGAGGAUUCACGACGUUCAAGCAUCGGUCUAGACAGAACCAGCAGAAUCGCAUCGAUGUUGCUGACUCUGAUGAAGAGAUUGACUUGACGGGUGGGGAUACAGCUAUCCACAGUAAUUGCUUGGAGGAUCUAAUGCAGUUGAAGAUGAAGCUUAUCAGAAAUGGCAAGCCACAGCCGUCGGAUGAUACGCUCGAGACACUAUCAUUGACGCUGCCAAAUUCUUUGAAAGAGAUAUUCAAUACUGAAGGUAUUGAUGAUGACAAUUACGAUGUGGGGUAUCUUGAGGUCACGAAGAAGUACAACAAGACGAAACCAAUGAGUCGUAAACCAUCGACGUAUGCAGACACGUCAUCGUCAGCUAUAACACCUGGAUCACUUGCAUCAAAAUUCUCAUACAAAGUGCCAGACACGAGCUACAACAACAGCAUGACAUCAAGCAAAAGCACCACGAGCAAAUAUAAUAAGUCAGACAACAGGAAGUCAUCUGGAGGGUCUGGCGGUGGAAUCAGAGCAAUGGUUCCAGGGAGGAGGUGA